AUGGCUGACAACAACGAUAACAUUGAUAAAGUCUUAAUCUUCCCUCCCCCUUCACUCGUAGCUAAGGCCGCCUUCUCUCGCUGGAGUUCCACCCGCUAUAGCUCUCCAUCCAAGGUCACAUUCACCACCGGCAACCCCACAGAGCCAACCCCUGUCAGCAACAUGCUAUUCCGGCCUCAACUUUCACGACGGAACUCCUCCGACAUGGUGUUGGAGCCGUUUCGGAAGGGGCGCAUGGUGACGUUCCGGGAUAACUUCGACGACGAGGAGCAGGACGACGAGGAUGGGUCACGUCCGGAUGGCAAUAGGACACUAACAAUAAGAGAGGCAGUUACAGCACAAGAGGCGGCAGAGGCGGCUGCUGCAGGGGAGGUUGUUGGAGAGGGAGAGGAAGACGAGGUAGCACAACCAGUGAUGAUGUCACUGAUGGACUUGUUGGAGGAGAUUGACAGAGAGAUGGGGCUUGAAAGAUCGAGGUACAUUCUGAAUGAUGAUGAGAAAUUUGUUGAGGAUGAGGAAGAUGAGGAUGGUGAUGGUGAUAACUUGGAAUAUAGAUUAUAUGAUAAAGGUCAUUGA